CUUGGCUGGAUUUCUAUUGCUUGUUGGAUCGUCGUCUAUUCUCCACAAAUCUAUGAAAACUACUUGCUUCAAUCUGGCGAAGGCCUUAGCGUUUUAUUCGUCACCGUAUGGAUUUUAGGCGAUCUCUUCAAUCUCAUUGGUGCAGUAUUAGGGGGCUUAUUGCCCACCGUCAUCAUCCUCGCUUGCUAUUAUACGAUCUGCGAUCUUAUACUCCUCUGUCAGAUCUAUUACUUUCGCUGGAAACGUAACCGGACGGGGCAAGGAGAACACGGAGAAGAAACACCUUUACUCUCCGGCGAUGACCGACAAACCGUGGAGAUAACCCCAGUCAAAAUCGUAGCCGCUCGUUACAUGAGCGCGCUUUUAUUCGUCGUUGCCGUGGGCAUUGCGGCGUGCAAAAUCAGCAAUAAACCUGAUGUUGAGGAGGCAACGACGAUUAAGUCUUUGCUAAUGGAGCGGUGGUGGCUUGUUCAAACUCUAGGGUGGUCAAGUGCCCUGCUUUUCCUCGGUGCACGCGUUCCACAGAUCCUAAAAAACUUCAAAACGCGGUGUGAGGGCUUGUCGCCUGCUCUCUUCUUCUUUGCAAUCUUUGGAAACACGAGUUACGCAUGGUCGAUUUGUGCGAAAAGUAUGGAUAGGGGAUAUUUAAUCAAAAAUGCUGGCUGGUUAGCAGGUGAGUGUUUGACGAGUGGCAUUGCGUACGCUGUACUGUGCCAGUUUAUCUAUUAU